AAACAAAAUCUAUUUUUUAAACUGAAGAAGGCUCUGCACUGCUUUGCCGGUGUCCCCGGCUGCCCGGGUGGCCUUCCAGCUACUUGGCGCAAAGUCCAAGGCUUUGCCCCAGCAAAUCUAGGUUUUGCAAGCAGCAGAGUUGGUCCCCAUCCCAGACCGGAGCAGAACUGGCUCUGCCAUUUGCAGAGCGAGGGCUGGUGCCCUGCGCUGCCCAGGCCUUUGGCGCUGGGCCCGGGCCGCUCGCAGAGGCCUCGGCGGCGCCGGGAGCGCGGCCGUGCCGGGGCCGCGGCAGGCGGGGCAGCGCCCCGAGGCAAAAUGGAUCUCGCUCCGCUCUUGGCAGCGCUCCUGGCACUCCUCAUUGUCAAGGCUCUUUUGUUUCAGCUGGGAAACCCGAGCUCCCCUCCUUGCAUCAGGAGCUGGAUCCCUUGGUUUGGAGCUGCGUUUCAGUUCGGGAAAGCUCCUCUGGAGUUUAUAGAGCAAGCCAGAAAGAAGCAUGGACCUGUGUUCACAAUAUUUGCUCUGGGAAAACGGUUCACUUUUGUGACUGAGGAAGAAGGAACUGAAGCAUUUUUUAAAUCUGAAGACUUAAAUUUUGAACAGGCAGUACAGCAAGCUGUCAAGAAUGCAGUCUCUGUUCCUGCAGAAGCAUUUUAUCAGAACCAUGGUAACCUCUACAGCAUGAUGAAGGGGAAGAUGAGUCCCAGUAACCUGCACUUGUUCUCAGGCACUUUGUGUAAGGAGCUGCAUGAGCACAUGGCUCACCUGGGCACAGAGGGCACGGGUGACCUCAAUGGCCUGGUAAGGCAUGUCAUGUAUCCAGCGGUGGUGAACACCCUGUUUGGGAAGGGCAUCUGCCCAACCAGUCCAAGUGAAAUCAAGGAGUUUGAAGAGCAUUUUCAGAAGUAUGAUGAGGACUUUGAAUACGCUUCUCAGAUGCCCGAGUGCUUCCUGAGGAGCUGGUCUAAAUCCAAAAAAUGGCUUCUAAAAUUAUUUGAGAAAGUAGUGUUGGAUGCUGAAAGGACCAACCCUUCAGAGACUGCAUCCAAGACACUUCUGCAACAUCUCCUGGAUAACUUGCAGGGAAAACAUCUAGCUCCCAGUUAUGGCCUCCUGAUGCUCUGGGCUGCCCAAGCAAAUGCUGUGCCUGUUGCAUUUUGGACCCUUGCUUUCAUACUCUCUAAUCCUGCCAUUUACAAGAAAGUCAUGGAAGACCUGGCUUCUGUUUUUGGCAAAGCAGGUAAAGAUAAACUGGAAGUCUCUGAGGAAGACCUGAAGAGGAUCCCUUUCAUUAAAUGGUGCACUUUGGAAGCCAUACGGCUGAGGUCUCCAGGUGCAAUCACCAAGAAAGUCAUAAACCCAAUUAGGAUUAAGAAUUUCACCAUCCCUGCAGGUGACAUGCUGAUGUUGUCACCAUAUUGGUUGCACCGGAAUCCAAAAUAUUUUCCUGACCCAGAAAUGUUCAAACCUGAGAAUGGCCUUGAAUACAGAGACAUAAAGGAGGAGCCUGUAGGAAUAAAAAAGUCUUUUAAAAUCAGUGACAUGUUGCAGGAUCGUUGGAAAGAGGCAAAUUUAGAGAAGAAUGCUUUCUUGGACAGCUUUGUGGCAUUUGGAGGAGGGAAGCAUCAGUGUCCAGGAAGGUGGUUUGCAAUCAUGGAAAUCCAGCUGUUGGUUGUGCUGUUCCUGUACAAGUAUGAAUUUGUGCUCUUGGAUGCAGUGCCUAAGGAGAGCCCUUUACACUUGGUGGGGACACAGCAACCCAUGGCACCAUUACAGGUCCGGUAUAAAUGUCGGGAAUGAAAGUUGUGCAGCACUGACCUUUCUUUGCCAGCCCACGCUGGAUGGAUGGACCACUGAGCUGCUUCCUAAUCCCACAUCUCCAGACAGCUUCUCUGCCUGCAGAGUUCUUGAUUUCAGCUUUCAGUGCUGUACACUGUGCUGUGCCAAACCAGUGCAGUCAUACCUGUGCUCCUCCCCAGCUGCCCACCUCCCAGUGCUUCAGUCCAAGCUCUCCUGCUGCAUCCAUAAUUUGUGGGCCAGUUACUCACUGACUUUGCAAAUCUGAUAUACUAAACUCACCAACCAAGUAUUCAGGACAAAAACCUGCAGUGUCUGGAAGUCCUGUGUGGAAGCUGUGCCAGCACCAGCGGAGAAGCAGCUCCCUUGGGCCAGGUCACUGCUUCCUGCAGGGCGCUUCAAACCAAGGCCAAAGUGGUGCCUGAUGCUGAGAAAUCUCAUUGGUAACAGCAAACAGCUCCCUGGUGCUGGUGUGCACAAAAUCCAGGACAGACUGAGCAGAGACCUCUGGAUCAGCUCCACAUCCUGAUAAACUGUGGGCACUUGUGUGUCACUGCCUGGGUGGGCAGGUGAAGGUCUGGCCUGCUCUGCUACAACCAGUGCCAACUUUUUGUGAAUAAAAUGCAUUUGUCAUGGAAAAACUGCAAGCAUUUGGGAUCUUGUUCCACUAGAGCACCUGAAAUUUCUGCUGAGCUUUAUUUUGCUCCUCAGGAUUCAGAAUUGGUCCUUGCAUGAAUUUGCAAUGAAAGUUUGACCAUGUUUAGCUCCCAAUAAAAAGUGAUUGCAAGGAAAGCUGUUCCUGCUCAUGAGACUGGUUGUCUGUUAUCUAGAACACUUUUACUUUCCCUUCCAUGAGUUAUAGAACAAAUUGCACAAAUCUAAGAAUAUUUAAUCCUGGAAAGAAUAUCUAGUAAAAGUUAUUUGAAGAUGCUGUCAAAUAAGUUCAGAUACCAACACUUUAACUGCUGUCAGAUUUAAUAUACAAUAAUAGCUGGCAUGUAUUUUUAGUCUUAGAAGUAAAGAUUAUCCAUCAUUUUAAAAGUAUUUGCAAAAAAAUCCCCUCAUACAAAUAGACUCUGAACAACAGAACAAACUAUGGGAACAUGCACAGGAAAAUAACACAUUGUGUAAUUCUUUACAUGGUUGGCUUACCUUCGUGAUGGAUAGAACAACUUCAGUGAUUUAUAUGGCUGGAAAAUAAUUCAUCUAACUUUUAUUUCAGCCCAUAAUUGUUAACUGUGUAAGUGUUGCAAUCUUAAUUGCUGUUCAAGUAUCUCUUCCAUAACUGAAGGCCAUUCCCUUGGAUUUCAUGCAUGGUAUUACCUGGAAGUGUAUAUUUUUAUUUUGAAAUUUGGAAAUGACCAUAAUAUUUGUAAGGCAGGCUGGAUGGGCCUCUGAGCAACCUGGUCUAGAGGAAGGUGUCACUGCCCACGGCAAGGGAUUGGAACUGGGUGGUCUUUAAGGUCCCUUCCAGCCCAAACCAUUCUAGGAUUCUGUGAUGAUUUUUAUAAAUAUUUUGCACUCACAGACCUCCACCCUGAUCUGCCGGAGCAGAGGGGAGGAUGAGGCCACUGGUGUUCUUUGUCUGAGUGCUGAGUGUUUCUGUCUGAGCUGGCCACUGAACCAUCAGUGGAUACACACAUUUUAACAUCUGUGGGUGUGUCUGCUGGAUCCAGGGGUGUGGAGCUGCAGCAGCCUCAGCUCUGUGGGGCUGCUGGAUUUAGCAACUCCCCAUCAGUCAUGAAUCAGCCAUGAAAAUACUAGUCCUGAAAGGCAGGACAUGUUUUUAUUGGAAGUGCAGGCUUUUGACAGGAAAGAAAUACCUGUUCAUGGCAGAGGUGAAGAAAAGUGGGCCUGACUGGGGUUCCAUCACUGCCCUGUUGUAUGUGACAGCUCCAGGCACUCGCUGUACUUUCCAAGGUGGAAAAAACAAGGGAGGUGGAUUAAUAAAGCAAUGUGGUGGUCAAGUGAUAGAGCUAAAAGGGGUCUUCUGCCUGGAAAUAAUCCAGAAGCUUCUGGAGGAGGGAAAGAUUUUCCCAUGGGACAGGGUUAAACAGGCAUUAAAAGGUCAUUGAGAUACUCUGUGCAGGAGUGGAUUAAGAGUAUCUAAAUUAUUCUUCUUCAAGUGCUUGUCCAGUCAGCUCUUAAAUACAGCAGUGCCAAAUUUCCAUAGGGAAUCUGUCCUCUUACCUGACUCUCCCUGCUGUUAAAAAGCUGUCCUACAUAUCAGGACAUAGCAGGAAUCUGAGUAAGGUUUUAUCCAUGCCAUUACCACAAGCCUGUAAGAAGCCAAAGAUUUUUAAGCCCAUAGAGAAAUAAAAUGUAUUUCAAGCUACCUUUUUUAUUUCUACCUUCUGUAUGAAAACUGGGUGUUAAAGGGAAAGCAGUAGAGCAUCCCUCAAAAAAAGUUCUUAGAAAAUGUAACUCUUCCUCCUCCAGAUGUGGCAAAGGCCAGCUCUACCUGAUAAAUUCCCAUGUCAAAGUCAUUGAAACAAUGGUAAGAGUUGUCUUAAUGAGACAGGAAAUGUAGUAUUACAAGGAAUAAGAAAUAAAACUAUGUUACAUGAAUUUUCCUUUAAUAAUUGUAUAUUAGAAAAGGGUUUCACCGAAAAAAAAAUAAGGAAACCAACACAUUCCAGGCAAUUUUUUAUACUUUUGAAGAGAGCAUAAACAUUUUCCUUGAAAUAAUGAAUCUUCCUGUGGAAAUAAAAAACUCCUGAAAACA